AUGACUACAAACUCCUUCUCAACUCCUCCCAAAAACAAAGAAGGCCUCUUCUCUCCAGGCGGACCAACACCAGCCUUCAAUCCACCCCCAACCCCCGCAACCCAAAACUACCGCCUCAACCACCUCGCAAUCCGAAUCAAAGACCCCUCCGCAUCCCUACACUUCUACGUCGACCUCCUCGGUAUGCGCGUCAUCUUCACCAUGAACGCCGGCCCCUUUACUAUCUACUACCUCGGCCACCCACCGCCCGGCACCGAGGCCACAGAUCUAGACGCGUGGGCUAAGAAAACGAGCGAAAUCCCUGUUAUGACGCGGACGAGCGGAUUACUGGAACUAUACCAUGUACACGGUACAGAGGACGUGUCGACGGGCAAUGUCCCGCCGCACUUGGGGUUUGCGCAUCUUGGGUUUACGGUGCCGGAUGUGCGGGCUGCGGUGGAGAGAUUGAAGGGGGCUGGGGUGACGAUUCUGAAGGAUUUGGGGGUUUGUGAGAGGGAGAGUAUUCCGUUGUCGGAGUGGGAAGCGGAGAAGGGGAUUGGGAAGGGGGAGAUUCAUGAGAACUAUGCGUGGUUCUUUGAGAAAUUUGCCAUGGUGGCGGACCCGGAUGGGUACUCGAUUGAGCUGAUACCCCAAGACCUCUAA